AUGGCUGAUUACCUGGAUACAGAAAUUAAUGCUAACCAAGCUGACACAAGUCCAUCCCUCCAUUCAUCUCUCAAUCAAUCGGCUUGUGAGAGGUUUUCCUACAACCCUUACAUAUUCCCAGCUCUCUUCUUUCUCAUGUUCCCCAUUGCCUUGUUGUUGAAUGUCGUGGCAGCGUGGGUAUCUGUGCAUCUGAAGGCGAACUCCACCUUCGUGGUGUAUCUUAAAAAUCUCGUUGCUGCCGAUAUAAUUAUGACCCUGAUGAUCCCAAUGAAAGCCGCAGCAGACUUGCCAACCACAUGGGAUCAGCUAGCUGGACCGACAUGCCGUUUUUUUGCUGUCAUUUUCUACAACGCACAGUACACAUGCAUUGCUUUGUUGGGGCUCAUCAGCCUGGACCGUUUCUUUAAGAUCGUGAUGCCGCACAGCAGGAUGUUUGGGCAAAGCCUGACCGUGAGCAAAGUGAUAUCCGCCACAGUCUGGCUGGUUUUCUUCGGAGGUACAGGUUUGCCAAAUAUCCUCCUGACGAACAAAUCCGUGGCCAACGCCUCAUUAAUCACCAAUUGCAUGGUUCUGAAAGGCCCAGCAGGAGUACAGUUUCACGAACAAACAUCUCUCCUCAUGAACAUAUUCUUUUGGUUCGUCAGUGUGGUCAUUGUGGUUUGCUACAUCUGCAUCGCAAACAGAGUCGUCCAGUCAUACAGAAACUCGGGUAGCAACAACAGCCAGGGGAAGCAGAAAAUCAAACUGCGUGUUUUUCUCGUCAUCAUUGUGUUUUUCAUCUGCUUUGGCCCAUACCACAUUAUCAGGAUCCCAUACACUUCUCAGCAAGUCAGCUACUCUAGCACAGACUGCUCUCAGACCUAUGAGUAUCUAAGGUUUGCCAAGGAACUCAGCCACUGGCUCGCUACGACCAACAUCUGCAUGGAUCCCCUGCUCUAUGUCUUCCUUUGUCGAGAGUUCAAGGAAAAACUAAUGUCAAUGAUGAAAGAUUGCAAUAAAGCACCAGGAAAACAAAAGCUCAAAGACGCGUUGCCUUCUUGA